AUGACAGUCGACUACUCCUCCAAAGUCUACUGGGAGGACAGACUUUCCAGAGAGUCGGCGGCCGAUGGCUUCGAAUGGCUCGUUCCGUCUGACGUCCUCAUCCCCGUCGUUCACGCGGCACUACCGGAUGCACGUGGAACCCGGCCGCUCAAUCUGCUCCACUUUGGCUGCGGUACUUCGUCACUCGGGAUUGAUGUCCAGCACCAUCUCGGCGGUGGCGUUCGGGUUGUGGACUCGGAUUAUGCCAGUUCGGCUCUGCGAGACACGCAGCUCGACCAGGUACCACUGAUGGAGAUGGACAUGCUCUCGCUUCCAUCUCUUCUCAAGCAUAUGCCCCCCGACGGUUGGGAUGUCCUACUUGACAAGUCAACCGCCGAUGCAAUCUCUUGUGGACCAGCAAUCCCGGCCACCGACACCGCCUUGGAUCGCCGAGUGGACGCCAUUGAACAUCUGUGCCACAACGCGGCCCGUGUCACACGAGUGGGCGGUCGUUGGAUCUGUGCGUCCUACUCGUCCUCUCGAUUCGACUUUCUGAGGUCGUCCCCGGAACGACCAGACCGACCGACUACGUACGGAUGGCGCAUAAUCGACAAGGUAGCCCUCGUCCGCCAUGCAACCAAAACGUCCGCCGACCAGCAAGUCGUCUACCACCCGGAAACAGGCAUAUGGGCAUGGGUGUUGGAGAGAGAGUAA